GGGUAUGUAAAUCUUUAGCUGUCCGUGUUGAUUAAUGGGUAUUCCUCAGCUUUCGAAUUUCCUUUGAAUUUUCUGCUCAAUUCUUCUCUUUUGCUUUGAUAUUUUGAUGAGAAUGAAGAAGACUUCCAUUAUUAUCACUUCAGCAGAGACAAUUGGUAACAACCCUGAUCUCUUAACCCAAAUCUUCCUCAGAUUACCCACAAAGCCUCUCCUCAAAUUCAAGUGUGUUUCAAAACAGUGGCUUUCUCUCAUUUCCAACCCUCAUUUCUGCCUCUGCCACACUCGCCACCACCAAACCAAUGGCUUUCUCACACCUACCGCUCUUCUUCUCAAAUGGUACUUCACAUUACCUUCUGAAUUCGAUGUUGUUCCUCUGACGCAUAACAACAUUAGAGUCCCUUUCUUUGAUUAUAUGAAUUAUGCCCCUAACAUCAAUGUUAUUCAGUCUUGUUAUGGGUUGUUUCUUUGUGAGUCGGUGGUUGAUAGCCCUAAAGAUAUCAUCUCUAGGUUCUUUAUUUGUAACCCUACCACUAAGAAAUUCAAGGAGCUAUCUUUUCCUAAAAAACCAUUUCAGGGUUCUAAAUCUUAUGUUAGUAUGGCUUUUGUUCCUCUCAAAUCACCUCAUUACAAGAUUGUUUGUGUCCGCAAAGUGUCUGAUAAAUCUUCCAAGUAUGAACUGGAUAUAUAUUCAUCCGAGACUGAUUCUUGGAGUCUCUCUAGAAUCAGUUUCUGUGUGGAGGGCUCUAUACGAUUUAAUGAUGCUGUUUUCUGUAAUGGAAAGAUUCAUUGGAAUUGUUAUCGGAGGGACUCAUUGUAUUUUGAUGUAGAGAAUGAGAGCUUGGAACCAUUGCCUAUGCCAAUAUCAACAAUGGAGGCACCCAAGGAACGCAGUUAUUUGGGAGAGUGUAGAGGCGUUUUGUAUAUUGCAGUGACCUACUUUGUAUUUAUAUGUUCAGAGUUUGAUGUUUUUGAGAUGGACAGUGAUUAUUCUUGUUGGACCCUGAAGCAUCGUCUGUAUAUAGGCGGUUUAGUCAAGGAUUUUCCUGAGAUAAUCUGGAGUUAUAAUUAUGAUCAGUCUCCUGGAUUCUCUGAUGUGUGUAUUACUCAAUUUGAGAAAGAAGAAGAUCCAAAGGUUGUGGUCUGGGUAGAGAAUAAAGUAAUUUUCUACGAUUUCAUGGAUGGGGCAUGGAAAUCGUUAUAUGAUCUAAGGCCAGGUGUUGAUGUUGAGUCUAUUGAUAAGUAUUAUCAUUAUUUUGAUUUUAUUUUGCCUUACCAAAGUAUCCAUGCCAAUCAGUAUUUUGAGAACCUGUCUUCUAUUUGAGGUUGUUUCGGUUGCUGACACCAUAUCCCCACUCUUCUUUUGCAUGUCUGUGUAAUGUUGCAUCUCAUAGCAUUGAAGUCAGCGUCGGAGUGUUGAAGAGUUGCCAACUUUACUAUAUCUUAUAGCAUUCAUUCCCUUAUUGCUUUGUUUUUGUUCUAAUUAAUUUUCUGCUUUCAAUUCAACGGAUGAAAGGCAUGCAGGGUUUCAACAGUUUGGCUUUUCUACUAUGGAAUCUCCCACUCCAGCCUUCCUUGAGUUAGAAGUAGACAAGCUAGUGACCACUGACUUGUUUUUUUAUUUUUGUAUUUUGUGUGUGUGUGUGUUAUAUGUUUCCCUAUGAAUGAGC